CUAGAUUGUGUACAGUGGUCGCAAUCAUGAGCACGAAUGAAACCUCGACGGUGACGAUCGCCAAACCGAAACCGACGAAGAAGCCCCUGAAGCCAGCACGGAAACAGGUUAAACCUGGUGAGGUCGAGAGAAAGGAGACACCACAGACCGGGAAGGAGUACAACAUUUGGUACAAUAAAUGGGCUGGUGGUGAUCGCGAGGAUAACUACUCCAACAAAGUCAAGUCGCAGACGCGAUGUAACAUCAAGAAGGACAGCGGCCUCACUAGAGCAAACACUACCGGGAAUAAAUACUGCUGUCUCUUUUUCUCUCGUGGGUGCUGUCCGUAUGGCUGGGAGUGCAACUAUUUGCACACACUGCCGGACCCCGACAACGCUUUGCCUGAUAGUUCGAAGGAUUGUUUCGCACGAGAGAAGUUUGCAGACUACCGGGACGAUAUGGGUGGUGUUGGCAGUUUCAACCGGCAAAACCGCACCUUGUACAUUGGCCGGAUCAAAGAGACAGGACCUGGCCCUGAAACGGAGGAGAUAGUGAUUCGACACUUCAAAGAGUGGGGGGAGAUUGAAAAGAUACGUGUCCUGCAGUACCGGAGCGUCGCUUUCGUGACAUACAAGUCCGAGUUGCACGCUCAGUUUGCCAAGGAGGCCAUGGCGUGCCAAUCCUUGGACAAUGAUGAAAUCUUGAAUGUGAGAUGGGCGACAGAAGAUCCCAAUCCUGUAUCGAAGGAACAGGAGAAACGAUGGUUGGAGGAGCAAGGCCAGGAGGCCGUCAAGGCGCGCAUGGAUCCCCGUAUAGUUCAGGCGAUGCGGGCUGUCAGAGCCCUCGAAGAGGGAGAUACGCUAGAUGACGAAGGCGAGGUUGUGGAGGCACACGGCGAGGUUUUCGAAGACGGGCCCAUGGUUAAACGGAGAAGACUAGACUUUACGCCACCAGAUGUGCAACCUUCCGAAUCCCCGAAACCUCAAGGCCUUCUCUCCGCUGAUACCUUGGAGGGCUUGAAAUAUUUUGCUGAAAUAAAACGACAACAUGGUAGCAACACAUCCGCGCCGAUCAAUUCGCGGCCAAAUCGAAGCACCACGGGACUGGGGCUAGCUGAGUAUGGAAGUGAAGACGAGGACUAACAGUGAGCGUAUCAUGAUGUGGUAACACUAUUAUCACAUAAGGGUUGUGAAUGUGCAUAGGUGACAUGAUGGCAAUGGAGUGCGGAUGUGUCCGUCCCUGAUGGGAGAGAACAGCGACCGUGAUGGGGCACGGAUACGGAGCUGCAGCCGUGGCUUGUUGGCAACAAGCCAAUCGCCCAACCAUCAUUGACCUGCGUGCCGUAAUGGGUGGGUCCACUCGGUCUUUGACCCGUUGUUUACAAAUCCGUGGUUGGCCUAUCUAUUUACGGGGAGUCGUUGGCAGGCUCUGACAAAUGCGGGAAUGCACGUUGGAAACGCGUGUUUAGCUGGCCAACGCCCACGCCCAAGUGGUAUGACCGACGAGUGGGUUAUGAGAAAAAUUCUUUUCUGGCCUGGAAAGCCUCUUCGACAGGCUCCAAAGCAUGCGUCGGCGAUACAGCGACACUUCAUGCAGAGCCACCGAUCACCAGUG